CGUCCUCUCGUCAGGCAUUCCCUGAAGACGUGCCUGAGCUGGGCGGUCAUGCGCGACGUGUUCUACCCCGAGCGCGACCGCAUCCGCGCGAUGUUCGAGAAGAACAAAUCGCUGAGAGAUCCCGGGGCGAUCGAGCGCGCGAUCGAGGAUGGCGAGAAGACGCUCGACGGGUACGCGCAUCCGGACCCGUACACGGUGCCGUCGUCGUACGGCGGGAGCAAAUACGCGCGGAACCCGCCGCCGCCGGGGAUCGAGAUCUUGUACGACUUUGGGAGAGAGCGGGGGACGACCCCGGGGCCGGACGGGCACUAUCGGUAG